UUGAGUGGGCGUGGUUUAUGGGGUGUCGGUGACACGGGAAGCUCCGGUGUUGGACGGUCCAGGGUUUGAACUUUGUCUUUGUGUACUUUUACAGUCGAUAUGAACCGUAUUUUUUCAUUGCGAUUUCUCCGCUUUUCAAGGGUCGUGGUGGAAUCUGGAUCCUAUCCCAGGGAACAAGACGGGGGACGCAACCCAUCACAGGGCACAAUCACACACGCAUUCACACAAUAUGGAAAGUUUGGAAAUCCCAGUCAGCCUACAGUGCAUGUUUUUGGACUGGGGAAGGAAACCGGAGUACCUGGAGGAAAUCCCCGAAGCAUGGGAGAACAUCCACGCAGAGCGGAGACGGGAAUCGAACCCUCAAACCCGGAUGACCAUUGUCACAAAGCAGCUUUACGGAAAUGUAUAAAUUCCAGAUACAGAUUUUAAGUGUAUGAAUUUAUCCCUAAUGAGCAAGCCAGGGGCGACGGUGGUGAGGAAAAUCUCCCUGAGACGACACGAGGAAGAAACUUUGAGAGGAAACGGACUCGAAAGGAAACCCGUCCUCAUCUGGGUGACACCGGAUAGUGCGAUUAUAAAUAAAUCCCUUCUAUAACUGUGUACUAUAGCGUCAAAACGUGCUGAUUGUGUUACGAGUCAUUUCUGAAUUCGUUAUUAGUUUUAAAUUAAAGUCUAUUGUAUCAAACUGAACUUAUUUAACUGUUCAGUAAUGGAGGCUUGAGUGCAAACUGUUCUUAGUGUUUUCAGCCCUAAGGCAAUGCAAGGAAGAACAUCCACAGCCUUCUGUGUGGUUUCUGUCACUAGGUUUUGGAGCGUGGCUGUGGGGAUCAUGUGUGAUCGUUCAGCUACAAGAGUAUUAGAGAGAUCAGACACUGAUGUUGUGUGAGGAGGUCUGGGGUGCAGUCGGUGUUCCAGUUCAUCCUAAAGGUGUUCAGUAGGGUUGAGGUCAGGGCUCUGUACAGGACACUCGAGAUCUUCCAGUCCAACUGUAACACACCAUGUCUUCAUGGAGCUCGCUUUGUGCACAGGGGCGUUGUCAUACUGGAACAGGUUUUAGUUCUGCUACAGCAAACAAAGACGUUCAAUACAACUGUGUCCUUCCAACUGUGAGGCAAAAGUUUUGGGAAGAACCACACAUGCGUGUGAUGGUCAAGUGUCCAUAAACUUUUGGCCAAAUAGUGUGCUGCAUUAAUUUGUUCGUCGCUUGCUGUAUGUUCAUUAUUUCUGUGGGAAGUUAAUGGUUUUGUUCCACUGAAAUGGUGUUUAAUAGGAGAGUCAGAAACACAAAGAACAGCGUUCGGGUUUCGCUGUUACCUCCAAUAAACAAAUACGCAAACGCUUCUUCGUUUUACUCCCAGUACGGAGUCGAUUAUGCAGUGUCCUGUUAAUAAGAAAUCCAAUGUAGAAGUAGCGGAGAUGGAAAACGUUGGACUCAGAGUUCGAGAAUGAAAUGCAGAUGUACGACAGAGUUACACAGGUGUUGCUGGUGGUAUCGAACCUGAAAGCUGGAGCUUUGGAAGCUGAACUGUUUAAGCCGAGUGUACAGGUGCGGAGGUUAGAGAGCUGAACAGAGAAAAUGCAUUAUGGACGCUACUGAACAGGAUUCCCAGAGUUCGUCUGCACACCGCUGGUGCACUUAUGGCAGCGUCAGUGGAGGACUUUAACCAGGCCAAGGUUCAACUCGGGACACUAAAGAAGGACCCCGGCAAUGAGCUCAAACUCAAGAUCUAUGCCCUGUUCAAACAGGCCACACAGGGACCCUGUAACACUCCGAAACCGGGAAUGUUGGACUUCGUGAACAAGGCAAAGUGGGACGCCUGGAAGUCUCUGGGUGCUUUGCCACAGGAUGACGCCAGGCAGCAGUAUGUGGACCUGAUCUCGUCUCUGGUGGCUGCAGAGGGACCUCCGGCAGCAGAAGCUUCACCCACAGGAAGUGAGAAAGCCUUCCAGACGCUGCAGGUCACCACGGAGGACGGCAUCACCACCAUCCGACUCAACAGACCACAGAAGAAGAACGCCAUCACCGUCGAGAUGUAUAAUGAGCUGAUGGAGGCUCUGGACCUCGCUGGGAAAAACGACUCUGUCAUUACAGUCCUCACAGGCAGUGGGGAUUACUACUGCAGUGGCAACGACCUGAACAACUUCAGUAAAAUCCCAGAGGGUGGUGUUGAGAAGAUGGCUAAGGAUUCUGGAGAGCUCCUGAGGCGGUAUGUGAAAGCCUACAUCGACUUCCCGAAGCCUCUGGCUGCUGUUGUAAACGGACCAGCUGUAGGAAUUUCCGUCACCGUACUCGGCCUCUUCGACAUCGUCUACGCUACGGAAUGUGCGACAUUCCACACCCCUUUCAGCAAUCUGGGACAGAGUCCCGAGGGCUGCUCAUCAUACACCUUCCCUAAAAUAAUGGGAGCUGCAAAGGCCAGUGAGAUGCUCUUGUUCAAUAAGAAGCUGACGGCUACACAGGCAUGUGAACUGGGACUAGUGACGGAAGUUUUUCCUGACAGCACCUUUCAGUCUGAGGUCUGGACCAGGCUAAAGGCCUACUCCAAACUGCCUCCAAAUUCUCUGGCUCUGUCCAAGCAGCUGAUGCGUCAGGUGGAGAAGGACAAACUCCACGCUGUGAACGACGCCGAGGUGGAGCGGCUGGUUGAGCGCUGGCUCUCUGAUGAAUGCAUGCAGGCCAUCAUGAGCUUCUUCCAGGGCAAGGCCAAACUGUAACGAUCAAGUUCAGUGUUCUUCACUUCAGCACAAAUGGGAGAUUUAGUUUAUCUGGUGUUGUUUUAACCAUUAACUGCUGUUUUGCAGUGAUUACAUACGAGAAGAAACAUAACAUAUACAGUAAUGAAAGAAAUACAGCUAACAUAGAGCUUGUGUUUCUUCACUGUUAGCAUUAUUUGCAUUUUUUUUCUAGGGAACAAACUAUUAAGCAAGGCAGCAAACAUCAAACUUUACUGACAUAUAAACAUUUUAUAGUAUGAUCUGGUUUGUUUUACAUGGCCAGUGCCUUAGUAAAUUCACACACACACAGACUUUUCACUGUCCACUUACAGCCACUGUCCUCUUGUACAUAGCAUUAUGCGAUCUAAACUUUUGAUAAUUUCUGAGGAUUUGUUUAUAUUGUUCUGAGAUGAAUUAAUGUCAUUUAUUAUAUAAAAAAAGGUGUUAAUGUCGUAACUGGCUACAAAGGCCAUAGUUGAAAAUAGCCUUCCACCAAAUGUUUGUCGGUUUGCAUGCUGUGGCCAUAUCAGAAUGAUUCUGAUACAGUUAGCGAUUUAUUACACAUCGUUAUUGCUGUAGUUUAAGUUCUCUGAUAUGAAAUAUUUGAUAUUUCUGACAGACAGUUUCUGAUGAGUGUUCCGUUUAUAAAAUGUUUGCUGCAGAAAUAAAGUCGUUUAAGAGAGUGGCA